AUGACCCUAUUUGAGGCUUUCAAUGGUCAAGAUGCUAUUGUGGGCCUAGUUGAGGCAGCAUUCAUAUUUGAUUUAGAGUAUCCAGAAGAACUCCCAUUUACCUUUCAGUUUACAGAGAGAACUACACAGGAAAAUUGUGGAGAAGUGCAAAUGGAGCAGGUCGAGAAUAUUCUCCCACUGGAGACAGAUGAUGAAAUGCAGGAACCACAGUUCCCUCUCAAGGAGACCAGAGUACUCUCCUUGUUUGAUGGCCUCAGUGUUGGCCGUUUCUCUCUUAAACAACUGAAAAUAGCUGUUGGAGCGUAUUUUUCCUCCGAGGUUGAUGAAAAUGCUCUCAAACUAUCCAAAUAUAAUUUAGGUGAUGAGGUUCAGCAAAUAGGAUGUGUCACGAAAGUAACAUCAGAUGUUUUGAGGUCACUCGGAGGAAUUGACCUAUUAUUAGCUGCGCCACCUUGUCAAGACUUCAGUUCAGCAAACCCUGAUCGUAAAGGUUUUGCAGGUAUAUGGUUUGCAAAUAUAUGAAACAUUAUUUCUAAAUGGCAGUCAUAUACAGUUCUGUGUGCCUCUUGUUAUUCUGAAGGUAAAAAUGGUAGGGGAGAGUGGGGCACCUGGAGACAU